CUGUAACUAGGUAAUCCCCUCAAACAACAAAACGCCUAGGAUGGAUGAUUUGAUGAUGGAAGAUGCAGAAACUGAAGAAGUUUUAUCAGAAUUCAGUUUCUUGGGACCAAACUCUGUCAAUGGUUCAGGAGUAGCUAGGAGUCAGGGGGAAAUUGUAGAGUGGGGGGAGAGGUCAGAGGGUAGCUGCAAGGAAGAAUGGGGCACAAACCCCCAAGCCAUCUCUAAAAUGAUGGAAGAAUUUCGAAGGGAGAGGAACAGGAAAGGUACCUCCCAGAGGCCCACGAGGUCCGCUUUGCAAGCCAUGUUAGCCACUUUAUCAAGUGAUAGCAAUGAGGAAAACAGCCUGUCACCCGUACUCAGUGGUAGCUCAUCCUUUACACCGUCAUCAUCCGCCAUGUUGUUACCUGUUCCAGCACAUGCUGGCACAGAGGUCUCCUCCAAUAUUCUCAAUGGAGACAACGGGUUAGGGGAGGGGUUGCGCUCGCUUGCCAACUAUAAUCCAAUUCUUGGGUUCGAGACUGCUCUUAACAGCACUCUUCCACAAGAGGUGGAUAACAAUGGUAUGCAAGGGGGAUCAUUGGCUUUUGGGGCUAGUUCGAGGUGCCUUCUCAUGAGUUCGGAAGGUAACGAUGAGAGCAUGGACACGGGAUUAGGACUUGGUGAAUUAGCAGGAAUAACAGUCAGCAAUGAGGCUGAAUCUAAUUAUGAUAUUUCAGCAAGUAAAGAAGUUUUUAGGAAAACUUGGAAUGCAAAAUACACACUUCGAAGGUAAGUGGAAGAAACUGAAACAAUUAUUGCACUUUAGUUUCCAGUGAAGCUUAUAUAUGUCAUAUAAGGUUAUC